AUGGCCUAUUCGAAUAGCACCGGCGAUCGAAUGGACGAGUUGCGCUUUCGCAGCCAGCAAUCCCCCAGAAACGAAUCAUCCUUACUCGGGCUCGUAUCCCCUCCUCGAAAUGGCGCCCGGCAGUCCCAGCCUCUUCAUUCUCACCCGCAAGAUGGCCGUGGGGGAUUGAUGCGUCGAUUCACGACAGACUCUUCCCGCGUACCGACAAUGAGCAUGCUUGCCAGCCAACGCGGUGUCCAGGAGCCCCAGGAAUACGGUCCUUCGACCUAUCACAAAGUACAGCUUUUAGAGAAGAAGAAACUCGAAUACGAGAGAUUGCGGGAGCAGAAGAGGCGUUUUGAGGCUGAGAUGCAAUUGCUUGAUUUGCAGCAACGCCGCGAGGAGCAAGAGCUUGCUCAGAUGCAGGAAGAUCUUGGCCGAACAAAGGUCUCACCCGGGGGGCACCAAUCUGAACCAACUACACCCCCGGAAUACCGCGAAUCGACCUCAGGCUUUCCCUCCGUUUUCUCCCGCCCAAACCGUUACUCAACUUCCAGCCUUACCUCUCCUCCUGGCCUGUACAACCGACCAGGCAGAUCAGGCUCUCAGCUUACUUCACCACAAUCCAUGUCCCUACAAUCUCGAGCCAUGGACGACAAGCUGCCCUCCAGAUCUGUUCCUGGAUCUAGACGCAACAGCGACGAAGACGAGAAGGAGGAGGCUGUGAGACAGGAUCCGACCAGCCAUCGCUCUACAAACGCUCUUAACAGAUACUCAAUGCCGGUCACCAAAUCCCGCAACGGUAUGCACGACAUGCUGUCUCUUGACCCGAGCAAUACCACCCGUUUCCUCUUCGGAGAAGACGAGGUUCCAACUUCUCCAAAUGUGACGAGCUACCUGCAGAUGAAUGCGACCGACGACAAGUUUCCCAUUCUUGUUCGUCGCGAGGAGUACCCCGGUUUGCUUUCCGCAUCCUCGGCUGCUCUCGAUUUGGCUUUGUCGCAAUCCCCUGGCCCGGAAGGCAACUCUAACGGCUGGGGCUCGUUUGCCCGGCACAGAUCGACUCAAUCCCAACAGAGCCUUCCUAUGUCCACCAGCCAGGCAAACGGUUCAUCCUCGCAAUCGAAUGUGCCCGAGUCUCCGAUUAGCGUCCGUCCAUCCUAUCGACACUCACUUGACCUCAAGUACUUCGAUGGUUCUCAGGAGUCUACUUCUCAGGUCUCUUCUCCCCCAAAGGCAACUCAAGCUACUCCACCCAAGCUCCAGUCUUCGUACUCCGCCAACGACGUUCCUACUAUGAGAUCGGCAAACAAUGGUAUCUCGAGUGUUAACACGACCCCCAACUCCCAUGCUCAGCAGCAUCUGCACAACCACAACGCUAGCUUGGGCCGUAUCCCUCCAAAUGCCAUGAAUAGGCUCAGUCGCGAAAUGCCCUCGAACGAGACCAACACACUGCGGGAUGCCCAGAACGGAGGCUAUCAGUCUAUCCAGUCUGCUUUACAAGCCAACGCUCCACCUUUCGGUCCUUCUCUGGCUCAAGGCGCGUCUCAAGCACAGACCCCAAAUGGAAUGACCUCCCCAACUGGACAACAGCCCUACCCUGUUCCUGGAUACUACAACAAUUACAAUAUGCAGAUGAUGUCCAUUGGAAUGCAGAACAUGCAGCUGAGCCAGCCAAUAUACUCUCCCCAUAAUCCUUAUGCAAAUUUUGGUGGUGUUUAUCCUCAACCUGCUCCUCGUGAUAGCCAAGCACGGGUUAUCCAGCAGCGCCGACAGAAUGAUGGUGAAGCUAUGAACCGAUUUGCAAACAUGGCCCUCGAACAACUUGGUGGAGAGAUCUAUACCCUUUGCAAGGACCAGCAUGGAUGCCGAUAUCUCCAAAAGAAGCUCGAGGACCGCAACCCCGACCAGGUGCACAUGAUUUGGUUGGAGACAAACCAGCACGUCAUUGAAUUGAUGACCGACCCCUUCGGUAAUUACCUCUGUCAAAAGCUGCUGGAGUACUGCAAUGAUGAGGAGCGCACUGUCCUAAUCGAGAAUGCUUCCCACGACCUUGUCCGCAUCGCUCUCAAUCAGCAUGGUACUAGAGCCUUGCAGAAAAUGAUUGAAUUCAUCUCCACCCCUGGUCAAAUCCAUACAAUCAUUGGUGCUCUUCGACACAGAGUUGUUGAGCUCAUCCAGGACCUGAAUGGCAACCACGUCAUCCAGAAAUGCCUGAACAAGCUCUCCCCAGCCGAUGCCCAUUUCAUUUUUGAAGCAGUUGGACGUCACUGUGUUGAGGUUGGCACCCAUCGUCAUGGUUGCUGUGUCCUUCAGCGAUGCAUUGACCAUGCCUCGGGCGAUCAGAAGGCCUGGCUGAUCAGACAAAUCUCCAACAACGCUUAUACCCUGGUUCAGGAUCCAUUCGGCAACUAUGUUGUUCAGUACAUCCUCGAUCUAAACGAGCCGGUCUUCACAGAGCCGCUUGUCGCCAUGUUCCAGGGCAAGGUUGGACAGCUUUCCAAGCAGAAGUUCAGCUCCAACGUCAUUGAAAAAUGUCUUCGCUGUGCCCAGGAGCCCUCAAAGGAUAUGUUGAUUGAGGAGAUGCUCCAGCCCACCGAACUCGACCGCCUCCUUCGCGACUCCUUUGCCAACUAUGUCAUCCAAACCGCUCUUGAUUAUGCUAGUCCAACCAUGAAGACCCGUCUAAUCGAGGCUAUCCGCCCUUAUCUCCCUGCUAUCCGCACCACCCCGUAUGGUCGGCGCAUCCAGGCCAAGAUCCAAGGAAGCGAAGGCCGCAGUGGUCCAUCAAGUGGACAGGCAACUCCCAGCGAGGUUGAGGUUAAUACCGCCACUCCUGUUCGUCACCAGCGAGGCCUUUCCAAUGCUUCGGCUUCAGCAAGUAGCUUUACCAGCCCUGCGGGUAACUAUACAAAUGGUUAUACUCCUACCAGCGCUUCUGCGAACGGGCUUGCUAUUGUAUCGCCUCGGUCUGUCCAGUCUCCUAGCGGCAGCUUCCCCGGCAGCGAUCAACUUGCCAGUCCCCAAGCCGCCCAGCCAUACUUCCCUCCCACCUAUGGUAGAGGUUCUAGCCAAAAUGGAUCUGGUCCCAACGUUACUGGCGCAAAUGGUGCUGGUCAAAACGGUGGCUCCAAUGGCGCCGCUGGCUGGGUUUAG